AUGUAUCAUUACUCCAGUCCACCGCCCGGGUGGUCCACCUACGACUACACUCAAUCACCUCCCACCUCACCUCAAUACGCCUACUACGCCUCUCAAUUCGCCAACUCCUACGCUUCACCCCGGGGCACCUCGCGACGACACAACCGCAAGGCCAGCUACACGGCCACCAAAGAAACACCCUGGUAUUCAUCGGGCUACCCUCAAGGGUACUAUGAAGCAACCCCAGACUAUGGAAUUCCAUCGCGAAAGCACGAUCAUACUCGACCCAUCUUCGUAGAUGUGGUCGACGACGCAUUCGAUGUCCCGCGCACCAACGCCCGCGAGCCCCGUACCGGUCGCCCAGGCCAUCCCCCGGCCUCGAACCCCACUCGAGAUGGCCCAGGCCAACAUCGUCGCACCACCUCGACCUCUUACCGCAAAUCAAAUCCAGCUGAUUCUCACUUUUACUUCACUCAGGCUCCUAACAACGAGGAUAUCGAAGCGGCCAGACGCUCCCGCACAAGGCGCCAAUCCACAUCAACGCGCACUCCCAAUAAACCAAAACCACCUCCUGCUAGUGCCAAACCACCACCCACCGCCACCGAGGAUGACGCCGAGGCCGCAGGGAUCCCGGCAGGCUAUUCGAUCAAAAACUGGGACCCAACCGAGGCACCGAUCAUCUUGCUUGGUAGUGUGUUUGAUGCGAACUCUCUUGGAAAGUGGAUCUACGACUGGACCGUCUUUCAUCAUGGGGCAUCGACGCCCAUGGCCGACGUCGCGGGCGACUUGUGGCUACUGUUGAUCAAGCUGGCGGGCAAAGUAAAGAGGGCCGACGAAUGUCUCCCUCGCAUCCAAAGCGUGGAUGCGCAGGAAGUCGUCGAAGAUUUCCUGGAAAGUGGCGAGCGCCUCUGGUCCCGUUUCAAGAAGCUCCUCAAGGGCUGCGAACUUUACAUGUGGAAGGCCGCCAAGCGAGAAGGUGGCAAAGGACCCGUAUCGAUGGGUCGCAAUGCAGGUUGUGAAUUUGUCGAAUCGAUUUUCGGUCGCGAUCGUGAGCUUGAAAAUACAGAGAAGCUCAUGAAUAGUAUUCGUCUUUGGAAUAUGCGAUUCGAUGCCAACUGCGAAGACAUUCUGCGCCGACCGGCUGCUGCAUAG